CCUGGCAGCCUGGCCUGGCCCGCCCCAGCCUGCCCUGGGCCCCAGCCGCCCCAGCCCGCAGCCCAGCCCCACCAGCCUGGCCUGCGCCCCAGCCUGGGCUCCAGCUGCCCCACCAGCCCUGCGCCCACCAGCCCUGCCCCCAGCCUCUCCCAGCCCCCGCCCAGCCCCUGUGCCCAGCCCGCCCUCAGCUGCCCCAGCCCCUGGCCCCAGCCCGCCUGCCCCCAGCCUGCCCAGCCCCGUCAGCCUGCCCCAGCUCAGCCCUGCCGCCUGCCCCAGCCCUGCCUGCCCCAGCCCGCUCAGCCUGCCCAGCCCCAGCCUGCCUCAGCCUGCUCAGCCCCUGCCUGCUCAGCCUGCCUGCCGCCCGCCUGCCCGUCCGCCCUGCCCCAGUCCCCAGCCCCCAGCCUGGCCCAGCCCGUCUCAGCCUGCCUGCCUCCAGCCUGCCCCAGCCUGCUCAGCCCGCCCAGCCUGGGCCCAGCCCUGCCCAGCCCGCUCAGCCUGGCUCCGCCCAGCCCCGCCAGCCUGUCCCAGCCCUGGCCUGUCAGCCUGGCUCCAGCCCCGCCCCAGCUCCGCCCCAGCCCGCUCAGCCUGGGCCCUGCCCCACCUGCCAGCCUGCCUGCUCCGCACCAGCUGCUCAGCCUGCCCUGCGCCUGCCCCAGCUCGUCUCAGCCCCCAGCCCCAGCUCCCAGUCCUGCCUGUGCCCGUCAGCCCCAGCCCAGCCCGCCCAGCCUGCCCCAGCCUGGGCUCAGCCUGCCUGCCCAGCUCAGCUCAGCCUCUGCCUGCUCAGCCCUGUGCCUCAGCCUGCUCAGCCUGCCCGUGCUCAGCCUGGCUCCAGCCCCACCAGCCUGGCUCCCAGCCUGGCUCCCUGCCCUGCCCAGCCUGCUCCCAGCCUGCCCCCAGCUCCUCAGCUCCGUCUCAGCCCCCAGCUCAGCUCAGCCUGCCCUGGCUCAGCCCCAGCCCGCUGCCUGGCCUGCCCUGCCCGCCCCCUGCCUCAGCUCAGCCUGCCUGCGCCAGCCUGCCCCAGCUCCGUCAGCCCCCCAGCCCACCAGCCCGCCCAGCCUGCCCAGCCUGCCCCAAAGCCUGCCCCAGCUCCCAGCCUCCCGCCUCAGCUCCGCCCUGCAGCCCCAGCCUGGCCCCAGCCUCCGUCCUGCCCGUCUGCCUGCCAGCCUGCCCUGGGCUCCAGCCCCUGGCCCAGCCUCCGCCACCAGCCCUCCCAGCCUCCUCAGCCCGCCCAGCCCGGCCUGCCCUGCCCUGCCCAGCCCUGCCCAGCCUGCCCAGUCCUGGCUCAGCCUGCCCAGCUGCCCAGCUCAGCCCCGCUCAGCUGCCUGCCUCCCGCCUGCCUGCCUGCCUGCCUGCUCAGCUCACUCAGCCCGUGUUGCUUAA